AUGAACAUCGAUUUGGAAAAUGCUAUUUGUUAUGACCAAGAACAACGACGUAAAAGAUAUAAAAAAAAUAAUGAAAACGCUCGUGCUCGAACUAAUCUCGCUCAACAAACAGAAAAUUCAUUGCAUUUACCCAAAUGUCAAUUAACAGAAGAAUUUUGUCAUUAUUCUCAAUUACAUGAUCUUCAACAACAAGUACAAUUAAUUGCAAAUGAAGAAAAUGAUUAUAAUGAUAAUGGUUUACAUGAUGAUUAUAAUGCAAUAGUGAAUAAAGAUAACUGUAUCAUUUCUAGUGCUGAAGAUCAUGUGAUUAAUUUUGAAUAUAAUGCAAGUAAUAAUGAUUUUUAUAUUGAUAAUGUUAGCAAUUACUCAACAUGUUAUGAAGAUGAUAAUGAAUCAAUCAUUGAAGAGGUAUGUUUACACGAGUAUACAGAUGUUUCAAGUAAAUCUUAUUGUACUGAUCUAUUGCAUUUAUUACGAGAUGGAGAUAUUUCCAAGUCACAUUCAACACGUCUUGUUACAUUGAUUAAAUCGAUUUUACCUAUACCAAAUCAUCUUCCUUCUACAAUGGAUGAUCUUUUAUCAUUUAUGAAUGUCGACAAUUUAUUUUCUAGGCGAUCUAUUUGUUUAAUAUGUAAACAAUAUUUAAAAUAUAAACAAAAAAAAUGUUCGACUUGUAAAUGUUUUGAUGAAAAAACAAUAGCUGAUAUUUAUGAUGUUAACUUGAAAGAUGUUUUAACAACAUUAGUUAAACGUUUAUCACCAAUUAUAGAAGAAUAUAAACAACAAAUCAAUAAUGAUUUUGAUGAACAAGGAACAAAAGAUAUUCCAUACAGACAUUUAUAUAAAGAAUUAUUAAAAAAACAUUCUUCAGAAAAUAUUAUUAGCUUCAUACUUCAUUUAGAUGGCGUUAGCCUUACCCGUUCAACUCGUCUUAAAAUGUGGUUAUUCAGUGCUUCUUUUGUUGAGUUGCCGUCUACUAUUCGAUAUCAUCGUUACAAUAUGAUGUUAAUGUCGAUUUGGGUUGCAUAUGCAGAACCAGAACCAGAACCACGUAUAUGGCUCAAAUCAAUUAUUUCACAAAUUCAAUCUGUGAAAUUACAAGAUAUUGUAAUUAAUGAAAAAUUAAAUUAUAAAUUGAAAAUUUAUGCCAUCACUGGUGAUUGUCCGGCAUUGAAACUUAUUUUAGAUUUUAUCGGUCAUGGCGGUUACUUUUGUUGUUGGUUCUGUUAUAUUCGUGGUGAACAUAUAGCUGGCAAACGCCAAUACAAAUUUGAAUUACCAAUGAUUAUGCGUGAUCCAGCUGCUUAUGAAGAAGAAUCCUAUCUUGCUCAAGAUAAACAAAUGAAUGUAUAUGGACAUCUAGGUGUAAGUAUUUUAACGUCAAUUCUUGAUAUACCAUUACCUGAUGCAGUGAUAAUUGAUUAUCUUCAUGUAACACUAUUAGGACAUGCAAAAUCUCUUAUAUCAAAUAUAUUUUACAGUUUGAAGCCGAUUAAACGUUUAGAAGUCGAUAGUCGACUAACAAAACAAAAUUUUCCACAUUAUUUUAAUCGAAAAAUGAAAGCAAUAAGUAAUUUUGGUUUCGUAAAAGCAACUGAAUUAAAAAAUAUGUUAUUUUAUGGCGUUUUACCAAUUUUUCAUUUAUAUCUGUCCAUUGAAAAAUUAUCUCAUCUAGCAUUAUUUGUUUGCUUUACUCGUUUAUUACAUGGUCCAUCAAUAGUUGGAUUAGAAACAGGCAAGCUUGCUGAUGAAUUAUUUCAACAAUUUUACCGUGAUCAUGAUGAACAUUAUUAUGGCCUUCAGAAUCUGGUCUUGCAUUUACACACGCAUUUUGCAACAAUGUACCAAAAUCAUGGUGCUUUAUCAAAUAUCGGAUGCUUUGGUCAAGAAGAUCUCAUUGGAUCUGUUGGGUCCAAUCAUCAUGGUACUAGAUAUUAUGGUGAAUCAAUUGCUUAUUACUAUAAUAUCGAUUUUUCUUUACAUAAUAAAUCGACAAGAACAACAACAGUGAAUGAAGCAUUUGAUCCAUUAAAUGAAUCUCUUGAUCAAUAUGAUAAUUUUCAUACUGAAUUAUGCGAUUGUGGACAACUAUAUAAAUGCUUUAGUAUUUAUCGUCGUUUUGUUAUUAAACAACAAAUGUUUCAUUCAUUGAUCUACAAGAAACGUGUUUCUCAUGAUGGCCCAGAAAAGUAUCGAGUUGUCGGUCGAACAAGUGUUCAAAAAAUGUUCAAUGAUAAAGCUGUCGUUUCCAACAUCGCCGGUGAAGUACAAAUUAUAACAUCAGGUACUAUGGAUUAUUGUCGAAAACAAUUAAAACAGAAGGUGCAAGAAUUGGAAGGUGAAGGCGGAAACAACGAAAUUGAUGAAGAAGGUGAUGACGAUGAUGAUGACGUCAGAAGUGACGACAAUGAUGACAAUGAAAUUAAUGACAAUAAUAAUGGUGACGACACGUUGCAUGUCAAUCAAUCAUCAACAAGUCGUUUGAAACGACUUAGCUAUGGCUUUAGUACACCUGCUUUGAAACGUUCAUAUAAUAAUGGUAACUUAUCAUCACGAUCAAAUCAACGUUGCAAUCGUGAUCGUUCAUUGCAAAAUGAUGAUCGAAGUCGAUCAAAAAUUACUGUUAGUCGUGAUCGUGAUGUUAACAAAAACGUGCAUCAUCAUUAUCAAGAAAAAAUUACUGAUAAUGCUUCACGUAUAACGUGUUCCACGCAAGAUAAUAAUUGUUGUUCAGAUACAAAUAUUGAAUCUAUGUUCAAAGAUGAAAUGACUAGUGGAAUGCGUUCGUUAAAAAAAGAAGUUUCAAAGUUGAGAAAACAAGUGGAUUAUCUAACAAUUCCAUCAUUAUCUAAAAACGAUCAAUUAUCAUCAUAUCGUGAUGAAAACGAUAAAGAAAAUUAUCCCGAUGUAGUUUCAUGGAAUGGUAAAAAUUUACUGAAAGUUGCUGGUCGAGAUGUUGGUGAUUAUGGAAGAAAACUUAUGGGGAUUUUAUUUACAGAAGAAGAAUUACGAUCCAGUAUCUUGCCAUCACAAGCUGCAUACAUGUAUCAGAAAAAAAUUUUGGAUGAAGAGCGUUUUCGAAUUUUGAAUAAUGCAAUACGUAUCAAAUAUCGACUAUCAGAAGAUGGUUAUCGUCGUUAUUAUACCAAUACAUUACGUGUAAAAUUAAGUCGAUUUUUAUAUGAUCAAGGGUCAAGAAAAUGGAAGCAAAAAGUAGUAUUACACGAACAGCAACAGCAAUCACCACAACAACCAAGAGCAACAACAGUAAGUUCAACUCCAACUACUGAAUUAUCGUUUACAGCUACACAAGAUAUUCAUAAUUCCUAUACGCAUGGCUGA